AUGACACGCGAGUAUUCUACGGGCAGACUGCCGCUGCAGCCGGUGCAAAAGCCGCCGUUCACGAUCGAGUCCCCCGGCGCAGUGGCAGUGCCGGGCGAGACGAUUCCGCGGCGGAACCCCCAGGCACGAGAUGGGCUGCUGGAGCAGCCGGUGCCAGGCGUAAACACGAUGUUUGCGCUCCUGCAGCGCAGCGCGCAACUGCACGCAGAUGAACCGGCUGUGGGCAGCCGCAAGUUUGUGGGCAUCCGCAAGGAGACGAAGAAGGUGUCCAAGGUGGUGGACGGCGAGGUGCGGCAGGUGGACAAAGAGUGGUCGUUCUUUGAGCUGUCCAACUACAGCUAUCAGACGUAUGCGGAGUACCUGUUGCUGGUGCAGCAGGUCGGAUCCGGGCUGCGUCGUCUGGGGCUGGCCAAGCAGGACAAGGUGCACAUCUUUGCGGCGACGAGCCCGGAGUGGCUGGCGGUGGCCCAGGGCUGCUCGUCGCAGUCGCUGGUGAUCGUCACGGCGUACGACACGCUGGGCGAGGCCGGGGUGCAGCACUCGCUCAACCAGACCGGAGCGGUGGCGAUGUUUGUGGACCCGCACCUGCUGAAGACGGCGACGCGGCCGCUGGAGUCGGUGUCGACGCUACGAUAUGUGAUCUACAACAACGCGACACACCAACCGGUGCCGGACGAGCAGCUGGAGGCAUUCCGUACGGCACACCCGCACCUGCAGGUACUGAGCUUCGAGGAGCUGCGGGCGCUAGGCGAGGGCGAAAACGGACAGGCAGCCCUGGCGGCGGACCCGCCACAACCAGAGGACACAUUCUGCAUCAUGUACACGUCGGGCAGCACAGGGGUGCCUAAGGGGGUGCCGGUGACGCACGCGGGCUUUGUGGCGGCCGUGGCCGGGCUGUACUCGGUGGUGGGCGACAGCGUGACGCACAGCGACCGGGUGUUGGCAUAUCUGCCGCUGGCACAUAUCUUCGAGAUGGUGGUGGAGAGCCUGGUGCUGUUGAUCGGCGGCACAAUCGGCUACGGGUCACCACGCACGCUGACGGACGGAUCGAUGGUGCCGGGCUGUGCGGGCGACCUGCGGGCCUUCCAGCCGACAAUUCUGGUGGGUGUGCCGCAGGUGUGGGAGACGGUGCGCAAGGGGGUGGUGAGCGGCGUGGACUCGGCGGGCAUUGUGGCCAAGGCGGUCUUCUGGGGCUACGUGUGGCUCAAGGGCGUGCUGGCGCGAGCGGGCCUGAUCGUGGGCCCGGUCGAGCAGGCGGUGGCGUGGCUGGACGGCAUCGUCUUCAAACGGGUGCGGCACAGCACGGGCGGGCGGCUGCGGUUCAUCGUCAACGGGGCCAGCGCGAUCGCGGGGACGACGUUGAGCUUCCUGUCACUGGUGGUGGCGCCGAUGAUCACAGGGUACGGGCUGACAGAGACGUGCGGCAACGGGGCGCUGGGGUCGCCGCUGCAGUGGACGCCACGGUCGGAGGGCCCAGUGUCGGGAGCGCUGGAGGUGAAGCUGGUCAGCCGGCCGGAGCUGGGCUACGAGGCGAAUCCGGCCACCGGCAGCGGACAGGACGCACACGGCGAGAUUCUGGUGCGCGGCAAGCCGGUGCUCAAGGAGUACUACAAGAACCCGGAGGAGACGGCCGAGGUCAUCACGGCGGACGGCUGGUUCCGCACGGGUGACAUUGGAGCGUUUGACCGCAAGACCGGACAUCUGCGGGUGGUUGAUCGAGUGAAGAACCUGGUCAAGAUGCAGGGCGGCGAGUACAUUGCGCUGGAGCGGCUCGAGGCCGUCUAUCGCGGCGCAGCUGCGGCCCAGAACGUCAUGGUGUACGGCGACGCGGCUCACGCGCGGCCGAUUGCCAUCGUGCUCGUCAGCGAGAAGGCCAUCGAGGACAUGGCGGCACAGCUGGGCAUCGUCGUGCCGGCUGGCAACCACGCGAGCCUGCACCACGACAAGCGCAUCCGGGCGCAGGUGCUGAAGGAGCUGGUGGGCGCCGGCCGGGCGGCUGGGCUCAGUGCGAUGGAGCUGGUGCAGGGUGUCGUGAUUGCCGACGAGGAGUGGACGCCGGCCAGUGGCCUGGUCACGGCGACACAGAAGCUCAACCGGCGGCAGAUCAAGGAACGCGACGAGCGUCUCCUGGAGCAGUUGCACGGUCUCGACGGGCCUUCCGCCGAUGCGCGCGUCCGCUCUCAACACCACCACGAUUUCCGCAGCGUCUCGAACAAGGCAAUGGGACCGACACCCGGCUCCUCGUCCGCCUCGACGACAAUUGUCCGUCCAAGUCCGGACGGCGGCAGCCUUUCCAACAGCAGCAGCAGUCGAAGCCGCAGCACGAGCAUGAGCACGGGUGCCGUCAACGGCUUCAGUCUGGGCGUGGCGGGCCCGCUGGUUGGCGGACCGGCCGCGUCUCCGCCUGGCAGCAGCAACGGCAGCAGCAAGCCGUUUGCCCACUUUGACGACAUCAACAACGUGCCGCUGGACGUCAACGCCGACAUGCCCGUGGAAAGCCUCCUGGCCCACACCGAGGCCGGCCUGAAGCAGGCCCAGUUCGCCAAGAGCAUCGGCUGCCUGGACGUGGCCCUGCAGAACUACAUCAAGGCCUCAGUCAUCCUGCUCCAGAUCCUGCCGCAUAAUUCGGCCCUCCGAUCCGUCAUGGAGGCCCGCAAGGGCGCUCGAAUGCAGUACAAAGCCCUGUGUGACCAGAUCAGCGCCGAGAGCGACGCCUACGAAAAGAUCAAGGCCCUCAUCCUGGCCGACAAUGCCCGGUCUGGCGUCGUCCCCAAGACGGCCCUCCCGGCAUCCCGAGUCCAAGAGACCAGCCAGCAGGCCAGCCAGCACGUUCGCGCCAGGAGCACGGCCGUCCACAACAACGCGGCCGGCCACUGGCCCGACGUGCCGCCCAACCACCCGGUCAGGUCCAAGCCGGCCAUCCAGCCCAAGCCGCAGUCGCUCGCCGGCAAGACCAUCAAACCGGCCGGCAGCCCUUCCAACAGCAGCAACAGCAACAGCAACAGCAAACCGAGCUUAGACCUGGCCGAGCGGUUCGCCAAGCUGAGAACCGCAAAGGAACCCACGGCAGCCGUCCAGACGAGCGAACCCAAGCAGGAUCCCCGGAUUCGCACACAACCCAUUAGCCACACCGGCUUCCAGCAACAAGCACAAUCACAAUCUUCACAGCAGCAGCAACAACAACAACAACAACAACAGCAACAACAACAACAACAACAGACACAACAACAGCAGCAGCAACAGCAGCAACAACACCCUACGCCCAGCAUGCAGUUCAAGGCGUUCCGCUUCGACCCCCAACAGACACCGGCGUCUGGAUCGGCCCGGCCGCAGUACCCGGCUCUCAUUGCCCCGUUGCCCGACCUCCCCAAAGUGCCCGAAGCGAUCUACAGCCCGGCACGAGGGUCCGUUUCCAGCCAGGCAGCACAGCCUCCGUCUAGCACGCCCAAGGGCAUGUUCAGUCGGACAAAUUCGACAACCUCGUUUACGGGCAUGAUCAAGACACCAGCUUCACAGCCGUCCUCCGAAGACUACUUCUCGCUGCGGCUCUCCUCGGAUCGAGCACCGCCUCGGCCCUACCAAGACCCAGCGCCGCCCCGAAGGCCGCGCAUCUCGAUUCCCGACGGCGACACCAUCACGGUCCAGGAGCUGCUCCGGUUCAUCAAGGCGGGGUCUAAGGAGAUCCGCCUUCUCCUGAUCGACAUCCGGAGCCGGGAAGAGUUUGAUGAAGGGCACAUCAUGUCACAGGCGACCAUCUGCGUCGACGUGGACACGCUGCAGCGGGAGAACAUUGCGGCCGACGCCAUCUCGGACAGCCUGGUCCUGGCACCGACGACGGAGAAGCGGCUGUUCGACAGCCGCCACGACUUUGACCUGGUCGUGUACUAUGACCAAGACACGAAGGCCAUGCGGCUGAUGGGUGACGGUCUCACGGCUGCCGAGAAGGCCGUGGUGGCGCUGUAUAACGCGCUGGCGUACUAUGACUUUGCGCAUGCCGACGGGGAGCACAACAAGAAGCCGAAGCUGCUGCGGGGCGGCCUGGACGAGUGGACGGACAUGAUGGGCGCGGCAUCGCUGCAGACGUCGUCGACGAUGGCCGGUGUGACGCAACGGUCGCGGCUGAACGUGCUCACGCGGCCACACGCCAAGUACAUGGCCAAGCCGAUCCAGGACGCGGCCGAGGCGAAGCGAUGGGAGGAGACCCUGAACAACAUGGAGAAGCUGACGAUCCGGCGGACGACGGAGGACUUUCUGCGCCGGUAUCCGUCCGUGUCGGCGAUGCAGGAGUCGAUGACGUCGAUGACGACCGACAAGGCCGACAAGGCCGAAAAAGCCGAGAAGGCUGUCACUUCUUCGCGGAACAGCUCGCGGUCUUCGUCGACAGCACCCGGCCUCUACGCGACGCCGCCUCCACUACCGCCACUGCCGACACCACCGGCACGGCCGGCACCCACGGUGCCGCGGCAGAGCCACAGCGAGCUGGCCGAGGCCGACGACGAGGACCACUACAUGCGCACGAAGCUGGCCAAGGCGGGUGUCGGCGGCGGCGGGCGGCUGCGGCGGCAAAAAGUCGGCCUGUUCAACCCCGGCAACUGGUGCUACGGAAACAGCUCGUUCCAGUCGCUCUUCGCCUCCGGUGGCUUCUCCGAGGAGCUGACCACGGGCGAGUGGGUCGACCGCUGGAAGGUGCCGAUGAAGAGCGACGAGAAGAUCAGCCACCCGCAGCUGCUGGCCAAGAUCCUGGCCAACUCCUUCCACUGGAUGCACACCAUUUUUGGCGGCCCGUAUCAACAAGACGCCCAGGAAUUCAUCUCGUUUCUGCUGACUAAUCUGCACGACGAGACGAACCGGCUGCGAGACCGGACGGGCGAGGUGCAGCAGCCAGCGCUGGACGCGCGCAGCACGGCACUGAGCAACGGACUGCGGUACUGGAACGAAUACCGACGCUACAACGACAGUCUGGUAGACAAGUACUGGCGCGGCGUCGAGGUGACGGACCGGCGAUGCCGCAGCUGCGGCCACCCAUCGCUGACGUACGAGCCGUUUGACGCGCUGCACCUGCCGAUUCCGCCGACGAGCAGCGGCGCCGCCGUGACGACCAUGUCCGAACUGUUGGCACAGUACUGCAGCGCCGAUGUCUUGGCCGAGUACAAGUGCGACGCGUGCCGGCGAGCUGACACGACCGAAAAGCGCGUGCGCCUGGUGCGGCUGCCCGAUCUCUUGUGCGUCUCCUUCCGCCGCUUCCAGGGCAACGAGCACAGCGGCUUUCGCAAGAACACCACCGCCGUCGUCUUUCCCAUCGACGGGCUCGACAUGACCCCAUACACGGUGCAGGGCCAGACCGCGCCCCCAGACAUCGCCGCCGAUCUCCGGGGCGUCAACGGAGACCGUCCGACAGAGCCGCAGUUCUGGGCUCCCUUCCUCUACGACUGCUAUGCCGUCAUCGUGCACAGCGGAACGCUGCGGUCAGGCCACUACCGGGCCUUUGUGCGCGACGAAGGCGGCGCUGCUGCGGCCAGUCCGGCCAUCAACGGCAGUGGCAGCAGCAACAGCAACAGCAACAACAACAGUGGAGCUAGCAUUGGCAUUAGCAGCAGCAGCAACAGCAGCAGCAGCAACAACAACAGCAGCUCCACCAUCGCCGACAGCCACCGGUGGCACCAUUUUGAUGAUGCUCGCGUCGAGGCCGUCACCAUUGGCAGCGGCGACGGCCGCGAUAUGGCCCGGCGGCUGUACCGCGACAGCGAUGUGGCGAGUGCGUACGUGGUCUUUUACAAGCGACGCCAGUGA